AAGAGUUCAGUAUAUAAGUACACCAAAUGGAGUACUACUUCUCAUCCUCUCCAAUACCAGCCCAAUACCCUUCAUUGAUCCUGCCACCAGAAUCCAAUUUCUUAAUGACACCUUUGUCGCAAGCAGCCAACGAUAACUCUGUCGUCUCACCAGCUAAAAUAGCACCAUGGCUGGAAUUCUUUGACAUCCACGCAUUCUCCCUUCCCGUCUCUUUCCAUGAAGCCACAACUCGACUAAUCCAAAACAUAACUCACUUCGAUCUCAACUACAUAAACUUGGUCUUCCCAAUCUUCUACCUCUUUCUAAGCUUCACCCCUUGCCGACUCCCUUUCAAUAUCUUCUUCUUCUAUCUAAUUAUUAAUUACGCUUGUGUGUACUUAUACGUGACCCCACGUUACCCUCUCCAACUACGUGUCUUUGGGUGCAUUGUCUUCGUCUUCAACCUUUGGAUCAUCAUUGGAGUGCUUGUUGGUAUUACUGUUCUAGCCUUCGGCAUUGGGCAUGCCUGGAUUAAUCUACUGCUGUCUGUUUUAAUUUCCAUUGUUAUUGUCUGCUUGCACGCCUUUCUUAGAGCUCCUACUUAUGAUGGCUUGCUUGAUGCUCUACCUCAAUCUGGGCCAGAUUUCAGUGAUGUCUGAAAUUUUGGGUUUCUUCUUUAAUAAGAAGGAUGUGGACGUUAUAUUUUAAAAAAAAGAUUGUAUUGAGUAAUCAUUUUAUUAAGGUGUAAUUUGCAAAAGAUUAAGCAAAAUGAAAUCUUUCAGGAUAUUGGGCUUUGUUAAUUAUUAUUUUAUUCAUUUUGAAAUAGUUGCAACUCUUGCAAGUUUGUGAGUUGUGAUGUUUCCAAUUUCACGCU